AUGUAUUCUUAUAAACCAAAAAUUAUUAAAUUGAAGAGAAAUAAAGAGUUAAAGUUAGUAAAAUAUUUUUGAAUUGUAGAGUUAAUUUUAAAUCAGUAGAAUAGAGUAAGUAAUCUAGGAAGAGAGUGAUAAUAAAUCAGAAGAUGAUAACUAUCUGUUUAGAGAUUAAAAUUAGAAUCCAAAUUGGAUGAUGAUAGUUUUAGUGUUUGUUAAGUAUCCUUCUCUUCUGAUAGUACUACUUUAGCAUCUGUUAUUGAUAUAAGGUCUAUUCAAUUAUGGGAUGUUAAAACAGGAUUAUAAAUUUAACCCUCAAAUAAUCACUAUAAAAAUUUAUUUGCCUAAUUUAAAGUUGUUUUAUGAACUAAUUCCUUUUCGGAAUCCAGUAAUAAUGUUAAAUAAUUUCGUUAAAUUUAUUUUAACAAUCUUCCUUAAUCCUAAUCACCUUUAGUUUAAUCUUUAGGUACUUUAAUUUUUACAGGAGAAUUUAUAAAUUAUUAAUUCAUAGAUUCUUAUACUUAUUUAAAUCAAAAUUAGAGUCAUCAAGAGCUGCCAUUCUUUCUAAUUCAUGAAUUAGAUGUAGAAUUUCAUUAUAUUUCUCAUCUUUGACAAAAUUUCUAAAUGCAUUCUAUAACUAUGUUAACAACAUAAGAACUUUAUUUUGAUUAUCCAUUUUAUUGAAUAUAUCAGGCUAAUUUCAAGAAAGAUAUCUUUUGUGAGGAUAACUUCAAAUAAAAAAUAAUUAUCAUCAGUUCAAAUUGCUUUCAUGCAAUUAUACAUUGAUUACUUAUUGGAUUUUCAUAUGCAUAUAUUUGCAUGGCAGAUAUUAGAAAUGCAUUAAAAAUCCUAUUAGCAUUUAGCUCACCAAAAAGUUUAGAGGAGGACUUCAGAACUGAAAAAAUAUGGUCAUUAGAAAAGUCUAAUUGGAAGUGAAUAAUACUCAAAUUGCAGAAAAUUCAAAAGAACCUUAAGAAUAUUUAUAAUAUUAUUUAUUUUAUUAUCUAAUUCACUUAUAUUCCCUAAUUUCACAUCAUAUUAGUACACUUUUUAUUCUAAUUUUAUUGUCUAUACAUAUGAGAAUUGA